AUGAAACACACACUGCAGAAGAAUGGCAAAGUAACCUUCGAAGAAUGGGACAUGGACCUACGGACCCCGCUGUCCACAGACGGUAUCUUAGACCUGAUCAGUUCAAAGCUACGCCGCCCUUCAAAGGAGAACACAACAAAGGAGAACACAACAAAGGAGAACACAACAAAGGCCAACAACUGGAGAAAGAUGUCAACUGCCACAGCACGCUGGCUCUGGGAGAACAUCAGCAAAGACCUACAGAGAAGAAUCACAGCUAACGCUUCCCAUACAUGGUCCAUCGCUCCACCAAUUUGGGUGUUGGCCGAAGCUACUUUACAGUAUGAUAUUGAUGAUGGAGAGGAUGACACCCAAGGAGGCACUUCAAAGUGUCUCAGCGCACAGCAGUUCUUUGCUUAUUAUCUCUUCAAGCGGCCCGGUGAGUUCAAUACCCUACACCAUGGAGGCAUGUUAUAUCAACAGCUCCUGGUGGACCAGUAUGCAAGUAUUGUACAGGCGCGGUUAGAGUGGCUCCGCUUCCACCAGCCUGAGAUCCGAGCGGACACAUACGCCAACCUGAGAACAGCCAUCGAUACAGCAACUACGGAUGGGGCGACAGGUUCAUCAGAAUUCGACGAGAGGUUCAUCCUCCCAGCGUCAUACACCGGCAGUCCAAGUUUCAUGUGGAAAAUUCGCCAGAACGCAUUCGCGAUAGCAUUUGUCCUUGGUCCAUCGGCUCUGUUUAUCAUGAUGACAGGAAACUCCGCGUGGCAGGAGGUUGAAGCUGAAAUUGAGGACAGUCAGAAGCCUCUAGACCGGGCAGACAUCAUCUCAUGGGGUUUUCAGCAGAAGAAGCAGCAGCUCUUCCGUGAAAUCCAGGAGAAGGAGAUCUUCGGGACAUGCACUGGUCGUUUCUCAACCAUUGAGUAUCAGAAGCGUACCUUGACGCAUAUUCACCUUAUGGUUUUUUGGCGAACUAUCUGA